AACCACAAUAAAACCAAAACAAACUCUUCAUCUUCAACUCACAAAACCCAAAAAUGGAAAAACAAAAGAAACCCAAUUCACAACCAUGGAGACCCGACCCAUUUAACUCGAUGAUGAAACCACCGGAGACACCGCGUGACCCAAUGGAAUUUUUGUCUCGUUCAUGGAGUGCUUCUGCCAUGGAAGUUUCUAAAGCUCUGUCACCAGCUCAACUUCCUCUUUCGAAUAAACUCACAAACAUGAACAACAAUGGAUGUUCAAAUGCUGCAAUACUUGAAGACAUAGCUGGUGAAGUUGAAGACUCUAAUAAUGUUACUGUUUCUGGUAACCCUUUUUCUUUUGCUUCCUCUGAAACUUCUCAGAUGGUCAUGGAUCGUAUCAUGUCACACUCGCAAGAAGUAUCUCCAAGGACAUCAGGAAGAUUAUCUCACAGCAGUGGUCCUCUUAAUGGCUCACUAACAGAUAGCCCUCCAGUUUCACCUUCUGAAAUGGAUGAUUUCAAGUAUAACCGUUGUAGCAACAACAACAGCACCAUUGCCAGCUACCAUAAUCAAUUCAGAGUUGCGGCUACCGGCGGUGGUGCCGGUGGCGGAGGAAAGACGGUUGGGAGGUGGUUGAAGGAGAGGAAGGAGAAGAAGAAGGAAGAAACGAGGGCCCACAAUGCUCAACUCCAUGCGGCGGUUUCGGUGGCCGGAGUUGCGGCUGCUGUUGCAGCUAUAGCUGCGGCAACCGCCGCAUCGUCGGGUGCUCGGAAAGACGAGCAGAUGGCGAAGACAGACAUGGCGGUGGCCUCGGCGGCGACGUUGGUAGCGGCUCAGUGUGUUGAGGCUGCCGAGGCUAUGGGUGCUGAGCGUGAUCACCUUGCUUCGGUGGUUAGCUCCGCCGUGAAUGUCAGAUCCGCCGGUGAUAUCACGACGUUGACGGCGGCUGCGGCGACAGCAUUACGUGGGGCUGCUACAUUGAAAGCAAGGGCCCUUAAAGAAGUAUGGAACAUUGCAGCUGUAAUUCCUGUGGAGAAGAAUUUGGUAGGUAAUGUUGGUACUGGUGGUGGGGGUAGUGGUAGUAAUGGAAGCUCUAAUAGUAGCUUUAGUGGUGAACUUGCACCAGAAGAAAAUUUCUUAGGCAUUUGCAGUAGAGAAUUGCUAGCUAGAGGUUGUGAGCUUCUCAAACGCACUCGCACAGGGGAACUCCAUUGGAAAAUUGUGUCUGUUUACAUAAACAGGGUGAACCAGGUUAUGCUGAAAAUGAAGAGUAGACAUGUUGCUGGGACCAUCACAAAAAAGAAAAAGAAUGUUGUGAUUGGAGUUAUCAAAGAUAUGCCUGCUUGGCCCGGCCGUCACUUGCUAGAAGGUGGCGAGAAUCGUCGUUACUUUGGUUUAAAAACAAUAACGCGCGGUGUUGUUGAGUUUGAGUGCAGAAAUCAAAGAGAAUAUGAUGUUUGGACUCAAGGUGUUUCAAGGCUUCUAUCUAUUGCUGCAGAAAGGAACAGCAAAAACAGAACAUGUUAACUAUGAACAUGAUAUAUAUCUUUUGAUACAUGGUGGGGUUUUGAUCCAUUUGUAAAAAGGGUAAAUUAAAUUAAGUCCUAGUUAUGGUAGAUAGGGGUUGUUCUCUUUAAUUUAAUCUUUGGGGGACAUACAUUAGUAUUGUUAUGUAUUUUUUAAUGGAAAAGUAAAAGUAAUGUGAACCAAUGUGAUGAAAAAUGUGAAGCUUAAGUUGUUUUUUCUUUCAUUGAUAUGGAAAGAAAAAGAGUAUCUUAGAUCUGACAGUCAAAAGAAAAAAAGAAGGAAAAGAGUCACAUUUCAGUGUAGUGUGUGUGUGAUUGGUAAAGAUAAAGACAAGCUGAUUUUUUUGUGCUUUUGUUUAUCAAUAUUGGUUUGGGCUUUU